AUCCACCGGCGACCUCCGCGCUGCACGCACACGUGCUCUCUCGACACCACACACGACUCGCGAUGCCGAUGGCUACCAUUCACGCUUAUCAAAACCUCGAUCACAAACUGGCGCAACUCCAGGCACCGGCGCCUCGGAAGCUCGCUCCCGCUCCUGUCGAUCCUGCUCGCUGCAAAAAGAGAUCCUACCUCCAUCAGCCCUACCCGACCCAACCGGCUUCCGUGGCCAGGAGGAACGCCAGGGAAAGGAACAGAGUGAAACAGGUCAACAACGGGUUCGCUGCGCUUCGACAACACAUACCAUCAGCUGUUACUGCCGCCUUAGCUGGAGGUAGGGGCUCAUCAAGAAAACUUAGCAAAGUGGACACAUUGAGGCUGGCAGUGGAGUACAUCAAAAGUUUAAAACGACUGUUAGAAGAAAGUGAAGAAGGAUGUACAGAUGCACAAAUGGCCUUGGGCAUGAACACAAGUGGACCCCACACACCUCCCCUAUCAGAAGAAUCUCAUUCACCGGCUCCUUCCCUCGUGUCGGAAAGUUCAGCAGGACCCAGUUCUCAUGACGCAUACGACUCGUACGAACCCAUGAGCCCGGAAGACGAAGAGCUUCUAGACGUCAUAUCGUGGUGGCAACAGCAAUGAUCAAAGGAACCGUGGCUUACGGUGAUCAAAGUGCGGCCAUUCAGGCGCUUGU